AUGGUUCUUGCCUCUCAGGUUCCUACCAAGCCAUUGGAGGAAACAUUCUAUAGCAUUGCAUCUAAGCAGGUCCAUGUGCCGAGCAGCUACCCACACCACUUGCUGUCACAGAAUACGGAGUCCAAUCACGUCAUGUUAUCCAGUGGCUCAUCCCAGUCGAUUCAUAGCAAGAAAUACAUACAUUGGACAAAAGAAGAACAUAGGUCGUUUCUCCUUGGGCUUGAGGAAUAUAAAGAGAGUAGAUGGGAAAAGAUUUCAGAGAAAUUUGUUCCAUCAAAAACUCCAACUCAAGUCGUCAGUCAUGCUAAAAAAUUCUUCAAAUGGAAGAAUGCCCCAAAGAAAGAGAGGAAAAGAAGAAGCAUCCAUGAAACAACUUUAGACGACAUUGAUAUGAUCGUUACUCCUCAUAUUGAUCAACAUAAUUGGCUUCCACCUCCUCCAAAUUUUGCAGUGUAG